GCGUAGCGUAAAAUCCCGCCGUGGGCCGCUCUGGCUGCCUGGAGGACUUGUCAUCUGUGUCCGGCGGCGCACGGAGACGGUGGGCGGGUCUGACGUGAGACGUGAGGAGCCAUCUGGGAGCCCCGUCCUCGCUGCUUUGACUCGCAAGUGUUUUUGCGAUGAGGUUGUGGGAACUCACGGCGAGGUUUAAUUCAUUCAAAAGGACUAAUAUCAUCCUGCAGCAUUUGAGAUGCAACCACAUGGGUGCAGCAGGAGAAGUACUGUUGGAAAGAAAAGGUUGUGCAGGAGUGGUAACACUAAACAGACCAAAGUUCCUAAAUGCGCUGACUCUUAAUAUGAUUCAGCAGAUUUAUCCACAGCUAAAGAAGUGGGAACAAGAUCCUGAAACUUUCCUGAUCAUUAUAAAGGGAGCUGNGACUCUGAUUUUGAAAGAAGUUCUGUGGAUAACAUGCUACAGAGAGAUCAUUCAUGAAAGGAAGAGUCAUUCGAUGUGGCAAGCUUCACUGUUGUCUUAUUUUAAGAAAUUGCCACAGCUACCCCAACCUUUAGCAACCACCAUCCUGAUCACGGCUUCAGAAGCUGCAAAAGCAAGUCAGAAGCUUGCUGAAGAUUUCUUCAGAGAAGAAUAUACACUAAACAAUGCCAUUGUGAAAUGGGAUUUCGGGGAAGUUGGUGUUUAUGUUCAUUCCUAUCUCAAAAAGCAGAAAUCACACAUUGGUGAAAUCAUGUGUUUUCUUUCUUACAGUUGGUUCUCAGCCAAUACUGUGGAACAGAUUAUUGAAAUUUUACAGCAGGAUGGCUCAUCUUUUGCCCUGGAACAAUUGAAGGCAAUCAAUAAAAUGUCUCCAACGUCCCUAAAGAUCACACUAAGGCAACUCAUGGAGGGGUCUUCAAAGACCUUGCAAGAAGUAUUAACUAUGGAAUAUCGGCUGAGUCAAGCUUGUAUGCGAGGCCAUGACUUCCAUGAAGGCGUUAGGGCAGUUUUAAUAGAUAAAGACCAGAGUCCAAAGUGGAAACCAGCUGAACUAAAAGAAGUUACUGAUGAAGAUUUGAAUAAUUACUUUAAAUCUCUGGGAAGCAACGAUUUGAAAUUUUGAAGUGACUGGAUGUUGAAGGUAUUAUUUUGAAGCAGGGGUCAGCAAACAAUGGUACAUGGCCCCCAUCUGUUCUGCUGCCUGUUUUUUAUAUAUCCUGCCAGCUGAGAAUGGUUUCUGCAUUUUCAAAUGGUUGGAGAAAGAAAUCAAAGACUAAUAUAUCAUGUCAUGUGAAAAUUACAUGAGACUCAAGUAUCAGCAUCUGUAAAUAAAGCUUUAUUGGGACAUACCUGUACUCAUCUGUUUACUUAUUACCCAUGGCUGUUUUGAGUAGUUGUAACAGAGAUUGGAAGGCCUGCAAAGCCUAAAAUAUUUACUAUGUGGUCCUUCCAGAAAAAGUUUGCCAACCCCUGUUUUAGAUGGGAAAUUUGAAGGCCUUUAGAGAUUCUUGAGUUAGUAUAUCUAAUUAAAAUGGGAACUUUAUGUUUUGGCUUUGGGUAGUGGUUUAUAUGUUGAUUAAAUAAACUUAUGUAUAGAUUAUAAAAAAUAAAAACCCUGAAAAUAUUUUGGA